CGGGGCCGGCCCUGAUUGGCCGGCGCCGCGUGGGCCCAUGUCUGCCGAGAUGGGGAAUCGCCGCGCCGCGAGCCCGCGGCCCCCGCAGUCAGCGGCGUGCGGCGGCGGCCGCGAGAUGGGGCACGAAACGUGUUUGCGGAGAAGGGGCGGCCCGUAUAAAACAGAACCUGCGAGUGACCUCACCCGCUGGCGACUGAGCAAUGAAGAAGGGCGGCAGAGUUGGCGCUACCUGGAGGCUGGCGAGGAAUGUGAGCGAGAGCAGAGCGGGCUGGAGGCUCACUGCCUAGGCUUGGACACGAGUAAGUUCUUCAAGGCCUUGCCCCAGGCCUGCACGGCCCAGGAAGCAGGGCUGAAUGGGAUGAAGUUUUACUCUGGCCUGCAGGCAGAGGAUGGGCACUGGGCCGGUGACUACGGGGGGCCCCUCUUCCUGCUGCCAGGUUUCCUGAUCACCUGCCACGUUGCCAAGAUCCCACUGCCAGAAGGUUACAGGAGGGAGAUGGUGCGUUACCUGCGCUCGGUGCAGCUCCCGGAUGGAGGCUGGGGCUUGCACGUGGAAGACAAAUCGACAGUGUUUGGCACAGCGCUCAACUACACGUCCCUGAGGAUUCUGGGGGUUGGGCCAGAUGACCCGGACCUCGUGAGGGCUCGGAUCAACCUCCACAGCAAAGGUGGUGCUGUGGGAAUCCCGUCGUGGGGGAAGUUUUGGCUGGCCGUCUUGAACGUUUACAGUUGGGAGGGAAUGAACACGCUGUUCCCUGAGCUGUGGCUUCUCCCGGCCUGGAUGCCAGCCCACCCCUCCACGCUCUGGUGCCACUGCCGCCAGGUGUACCUGCCGAUGAGCUACUGCUACGCCACACGCCUGACUGCCGAGGAGGAUGAGCUUGUCCAGAGCCUUAGACAGGAGCUGUAUGUCCAGGACUACUCCAGCAUUGACUGGCCGGCCCAGAGGAAUAACGUGGCUGCCUGCGAUCUCUACACCCCGCACAGCUGGCUGCUCACACUUGCCAAUGCCAUCCUGAACGUGUACGAAGCCCACCACAGCGCCCGGCUGAGGCAGCGAGCCAUCGUGGAGCUGUAUGACCACAUCAAGGCUGACGACAGAUUCACCAAGGCCAUCAGCAUUGGCCCGAUUUCCAAGACCAUUAACAUGCUGGUUCGCUGGUCCGUGGAGGGGGAGAGCUCUCCAGCCUUUCAGGAGCAUGUCUCCAGGAUCCCUGAUUACCUCUGGCUGGGACUGGACGGCAUGAAGAUGCAGGGCACCAACGGAUCCCAGGUCUGGGACACAGCGUUUGCCGUCCAAGCCUUCCUGGAGGCUGGUGCUCAGAAUGACCCGGCAUUCACUUCCUGUCUGAGGCAGGCCCAUGAGUUCCUCAAAAUCACCCAGAUUCCGGAGAACCCGCCUGACUACCAGAAAUACUAUCGCCAGAUGAACAAGGGCGGAUUCCCCUUCAGCACCCGUGACUGCGGCUGGAUCGUGGCUGACUGCACUGCGGAGGGGCUGAAAUCAGUGAUGCUGCUACAGGAGAAGUGUCCCUUCAUAGCAGAGCACGUCCCCACGGGGCGCCUCUUUGACGCUGUGAAUGUGUUGCUGAGCAUGAGGAAUCCUGAUGGAGGCUUUGCGACGUACGAAACCAAGCGGGGGGGCCGGCUGCUGGAGCUCCUGAACCCCUCGGAGGUGUUUGGUGACAUCAUGAUAGACUACUGCUACGUGGAGUGCACGUCGGCCGUCGUGCAGGCACUGAAGCACUUCCACGAGGCCUUCCCCGAGCACCGGGCCCGGGAGGUCAGAGAGACGCUGCGCAAGGGCCUGGAGUACUGCCGCAGGGUGCAGAGAGCUGACGGCUCAUGGGAAGGGAGCUGGGGCGUGUGCUUUACCUACGGCACCUGGUUCGGACUGGAGGCCUUCGCCUGUCUGGAGCACACCUACCAGAACGGAGCCGCAUGCAGGGAGGUGGCCCAGGCCUGCCGGUUCCUGGUCUCCAAGCAGAUGGAGGAUGGUGGCUGGGGAGAGGACUUUGAGUCCUGUGAGCAGCGCAGAUACGUGCAGAGCUCCACCUCCCAGAUCCACAACACCUGCUGGGCCCUGCUGGGGCUCAUGGCCGUCAGAUACCCGGACGUUGGGGUGCUGGAAAAGGGGAUCAAGGUUUUGAUUGACAAGCAGCUGCCCAAUGGUGACUGGCCUCAGGAGAACAUCUCUGGAGUGUUCAACAAGUCCUGUGCAAUCAGCUACACCUCCUACCGCAACGUCUUCCCCAUCUGGGCCCUGGGGCGCUUUGCACGCCUGCACCCCGGCAGCGCCCUUGCUGGCAAGCUGCAGCCCAGGUCCUUGCACAGCGAAGAGGAGAUCCUGGCUGGAGGGAAGCGGAAUGGGGUUCUGUCAGGGUCCCCCUCUGCCUGAGCCUGGGCCCUGCCCAUGCCCCAUGGCAGGCCUGCAGCCUCAGUGACACCCAAGCUGGAUUUGCUUGGCUACAAGGCUCUUUACGGGAGGCCAGCAGGCCCUGGUGCUUUGUCGUGGUCCAUGAGGACUCUGCACAUUGAUUCUAGCUCCGGGCCUACAUGUGGGCUUGGAGGGGGCAGCGAGUGUGUGAGCACUGGCUGGCUUACAGUCAAACGUGCUGUACUUGAAUGUACUUGAACGGGCUUGGCUUGAAUGGACCCCUCUUCCCGGAUCCAUUGUGUAAAAGGCUGUGUGUCUGCAGGUGAACGCUGCCGCACAGGACAGGCUGCUGGGGGGUGGGGCCUAACCAUAUGAUUUUGAGCAGGUGUCUGCACUUCAAGCUGGAGGAGACACGCCAAUGCUUGCUGAGAUAGAGUUACGGCACUAACCCGGGGGUUCCCAAACCUGUUUCCCUGAUGCCCACAUGUGCGGCUGCCAUGGGCGCUGCCGCCCACUAGUAACACUUCUUGAGGAGACUGAUUAAUUUUAAUUACUACAUCCAUCUACACUAUAGCACUAGAAACGAUGUACUUGGUUCCUUUUCCUGGUGAGCUAAACAGUUGUAAUAAUAGAAAUCCCUAGCAGCAGUCACUCAGAGAAAUGCCUCCAGGUCUUUGAAACCAAACAGUUUUAGUAAAGCUACGCUUUAAAAAAUGUGGAGAGCAAAAGAAAAACACAAGUUGGUAUACAACUGAACAAUAAGCAACAAUGGUAAUACAACAGUUGGAUAAAAAGACAAUGUGUUUUUUUGAUUUUUAAAACAAAAUAGUUGGCCAACUUAGCACAUGAUAUUGUGUUUUCUAUUUUUUUUAGUGUAAAAUCUGAAUGUUUAUGGUGUGUAAGUAAAGACCCAGCCCAGCAUUCUACUAAGUAGGUCAAAUAUUGUAAAUAAAAAUAUAAAAUAACAUCCAGUCCAGGAAUCUUUCUAAUGGCACAGAUGUGCCUGCUUCUCCUUGCACUUUUGUUCCAUCUGGGAACAUAUGUUAGCAAGACUCAACCUGAUCUCAUCUUCAAUUUUCAGCCAUCUCCGGGUGCAGGCAGGGGAGUAACUAGGGCCUAUGUGCAGGCAGGGAGUAGUUCUGUGGCCCACAGUGUAGAAACCCCUGCACUACAGGCAGAGCAUAUCUGACACAGUGUAAGCAGCGGGAGGGGCUGGGUGCUCUGAGUACAAUUGUGCUGAAACCAUAGGUAUGUAUCCAGGGUGCCUGCCCUUUCCACUGCUCACACGGCUGUAGUGUCCCAGCUCUGGUAUGUCUCCUCCAGCUCAUAGUGUUGCUGUCCCCUUGGGAGUCGCCCCUCCCCAGCUCCGGCCUAUCAGCUGCGAUACUCAGCAAAGGGGGCUUCCUUCUCCCUCCCUGGGGUGCUCUAGAUUUCUGCCACGUUGCCUGCGGCAAUGUCACUUGGUGGUGGGAGCUGCCUCCUCUGGAUGUGCUGCAGGGCUGUCUGCUGGAGCUCUGUAUAACUAGCCUGGCACAGCCUUGUGCACACACGCUGCACCUGCCACGUGCCCUCUGAGCUGCUAUCAGGCACAGGGGUGGAGCGUGUCUCCCAGGGAAAAGGCAGGUACCUUGUUCACAUUGAUACUCUGCAAAUCCCCCCUCUCCCACCUAUGGCCAAAUACUAUACUACUGUGUUCUUCAGUCAUUCUCAAAAUGCUUUACAGAGGAGGGCAGUGUUACUAUCUGUGCUGUACAGCUGGGGAAACUGAGGCCACAUGACUUGCCCUAGGUCAUUCCAUGGGCCAGCUGGGACCAGAACCCAGGUUGCCAGAGUCCCUGGCAGUGCACUUUCCACUGUCCACUAGGCCACGCUGCAGGUUCUGUUGGUCAGGCCGUCUCCCACCUAACUAUCCCCCAAGGGAGUGGGGUGGUGGCUAACCUGUGCGUCGGGCCGGGAGGCAGGCUGCUCGCUCUGUCCUUGAGACCCACGGAGGAGAAGCUCCCGCAGGCAUGGGCUGCCAGGGGUUCGGCUGAGCACAGGUAGUUUUGGCAUACUUUUCACCUUGGGGCAGCAGAGGUGUGUGAAAUCACGUUCAGCUGCCUGAUGAACAUACUAAUUGCAUGGCUGUGCUGACUGCCUGUGCUGGUCACCUCUGGCCCUGGGAGAGCCCCUGUCCGAUGUAGUAGCUGGUACGAGGUGUGGGAUCACGCUGUGAGCCAUUCCUUUGCUCUGAGUAUGGGCCUGUGCUCCCACCCUCAGCGGUGUCAGGCAGCAUGAACGAUCUCAUCCCGUUGCUCGAUAUCCCUUGAAUACUUCCUAACCGCCAGGGUGGUAAAGGACUGGAAUUAAUUGCCAGGGAGGUUUUGGAAUCUGUCAUCGGGGAUGUUUAAGAGCAGGUUGGACAAACACCUGUCAGGGAUGGUCUGGAUAAUAUAGUCCUGCCCUGAGUGCAGGGGACUGGACUAGCCUCUCGAAGUCCCUCCAGUCCAAUGAGUCUCUGACUGUGGGGAGUGUGCUCUGGGGGGAGGAGAGACAGGGAUUUCCCCUCCCCACUCUGCUAGCUGAACAGCGUUUGGGCACUGACCACGCUACCCUCCUCCGAAAGGCUGCCAACCCUGAACCAUCUAAAAUCAUGAGUCGUUCCCCUGCCCCCCUAAGCCCCCAUGAGAUUGGCCCCCCCAAAUCAUGAGGCUUGUGAGAAAAGCUGAUCCCUUAUUUAUAGUCUGUCUCCAGAUGUGUCACGUGCCCCUAGGCUAGGGUUACAAGACAGCAAAUGUGAAAAAUCAGGACGGGAGUUGGGGGUAGUAGGAGCCUAUAUAAGAAAAACAGCCAACAAUCGGGACUGUCUCUAUAAAAUUGGGACAUCUGGUCACCGUACCCUAGGCUGCCCUGGUGUCUGAGCAAGAUGGUUCAGUGAGUACAGCACUGUGGCCCCCGCUCAGGAGCCCUCUCUGGCGGCCUGGGUCCAGCCUGGGGACUGUGCCGUGCUAGGAGCUGUAUGGACACAAGGGAAGCAGCAGUCCCCACCGUGCAGAGCUUAGCCUCUAGAGCAGAGCGAAGGGGUGAGUUCGUGAGGUGGGAGCUGGCCCUGGCACUCCCUAGGCUCAUCUCCCAGAGGGGCUCCCAGACUGCCACGAGACAGGUGCCUCUGGCCCAGCUGGGGUGUAACAGCUUGAGCAGCCGGCUGCUCUGUCUCCCCCGUGCUGGAGGAGGAGGGGCUCACAGCCAAGGGCGGCUGGGUGGAGAAUUCAGACGCAAACCCUCGCCUGAAGAGUCAGGUGAGGCUGCGCAGGGCGAGCUACCCCCGACGUGGGUCUGUUAGGUGUAAGAAGUAUAAACUGUUUAAUAUGUUGAAUUAGUUGUUUAAUAAGGUGUUUAUGAAGUAAAUCACUGGCUUUAAAAUAAGAUCCAAUAUGGAGCAUAUGAACUAUUGACCCCUGGACUCCAUCUCUG